AUGGGGACGUACGCGGACUAUUUUAAUGCACAGUACCAGGGUCCGGUCGCCUCGGGGCCCGUCCGCCUCACCAUCGGCAGAAGUCAGGGAGGCGACGCGGAGGGGCACGAAGAGACAUGGGUGGAGGAGGAGCUGAUGGACCAGGUCGAGGACGAGGCGCCGGCGCAGCGACCGGCCGCGGCGCCGACGAGGCCGUCGACAGCGCCGCUGCUGCCAUUUGCUACGACGCACAGCAUGGUCUGGGUGCUCGAUACCAACGUUUUGCUGCGUCUCUUGCGAAAUGUGCAGCAUCUCUUUGACAUGCUCUUUGCAGCGGCCGUGCAUAGCACGACGCCUGUGUAUCUCGUUGUACCCCACACGGUACUGGAAGAGCUCGACGGAAUGAAACACAGCGAGCGCAAGCUCGAGGAUACGCACAGCAGCGUCGGCGGCGCCGCGCGCCAUGCCAGCCGCUGGCUCCUGGAAACCGUCCAGCGCCAAAAGCAGACUCCGGCGGCCAGUCACCGUGCGCGGUGGGUGCUGCACGUGCAGACGGCUCCGCCCGACAGUGCAAGGGUGCACUCGUCUCUGACCAACGACCAAAGCAUCGUCGCCUUGUGCACGGACCUGCGUGCCUCGCACCCCCGCGUCUUUCUUCUCUCCAAUGAUACCAACGCGCGGAUGCUCGCAGAGAUCGAGGGCGUGUACACGCUCGACCUGCUCGCGAUGGUGCGCGCGCUGCGCCGCUUCGAGGAGCCCGACAAGCACCUGUUUUGGGUGUGUGCGACGCCCGAGUUUCACUACGUGUUCGACGACCCUACUAUACUAGAAACACUGCCGGAACAGGUGUGGGGGCGCAUGUAUGCCCAUGCGUCCCAGUUCCUGCCGACGCCCAUAGAAGACGUGGCCAUGUUGGGCUAG